ACCCGGGGCAUCCACCGCCACCAGGGCACCUGGCUCCCCGCCUCCUCCCCCGCCGCUCUCUGCGUCUCCCGGCCCACCCUCUCCUCGGCGGUCCCCGUCCUAACCGUCUCCAUCGGCGACGUCGUCUUCGUCCGUACCGAAACCCCUCCCUUUAUCUGUUCCUUCUUUAUUUAUACUUACGUCAUGUGUGUGUGUUUUGUGUGUGAUUGGUAGAUUUUUUUAGGUGUCCGCGUUAUUUGGGUGGAUUUGAAAAAAGCUUAUCCUGGUUUGGGGUUUAGGUUUUUUGUUGGAAAAAAAUGGGCGUGCGCUCCGGUUAAUUUUGUUCGAGAACACGUAACUGAGGAUGUUGAUUCUAGUGUGCCGCUUGAUCCCUGUUAAAGCAUGAUGUUUUUUCAGGUUUGCUCUUGAUAAAUUUAACCUCAGCAGGUUCCCAAGCAUUAAGCUUGAGCUCGUUCGUACCUAACCGAGCAAUUUGUUAAUGUUGCCAGAAUUAUGAUCUUGGAUGUGUUGUUCCCCCGAUUUUUGGAUUUAUCCCAAGGUUUUGGAUAACUUGCAUUACCUGUACGCAUCGUGUUCAAUUGUUGUGUGGGUUUUACCAGGAUCUUGUGGUUGCUUACAUGCUAGCAAUUAACAUCCCAAUUUCGCGCCAAAGCAAGUUGCGUGACCCUGGUCCAAUUGUGAUUUCUCAACAGAUGAAAUGAGUCAAUUCAAUUUUUGGACAUGUGAUGUGCCUGAUUAUUGACCAAUUUGGUUCAGGUAGGUACGCUGUUGUGCAAUGUUAGCCUGUGUUGCUAUGUUGUUAUCCUUAAUCAUCGUUGUCUAUCUUUGUUUAUUUGCUGUAACCUGUGUUGAUGCUCCAUUUUCUGAGUUUGCAUAGUUUUUAUUAUAAUAAAAAGUAUCACUGAUUUUUGUAAUUAUCAUGCAUGGUUGGAUCAGUGGUAUAUCUGUUUCUGAUGUUCAAUCCUACAUACAAAUGAUUUCUCCUAUAUAUUCUAUAUGUAUUUCCCCAUUCAUUGUGCUUUCCAAAUUUCUUUUUCUCAACAGAUUGGUACUAGCUAUUGAAUGCAUAAGCUACUUUGGCACAUUUGAGGCCUUUCGGCUUAUGAAAGUUAAUAUUUCUUAUAUUUGUGUCUUUGAUUUAUAAGAGGGGAUGACUUUUCUAACUGAACUUCCAGAAUUGGGUGGUUGACUGAUCUCAUUGUUGCAUACUUGCAUGAUCAGAUUCCCUCGCAAAAGUUCAGUGUGAGUUUCGUUCCAUUACUGACAGGUGAACUCUGUGCUACUGGGAUUUAUUUAUUGUUUUGCCACUUGGGUAAAAUUAGGCCUUUUUCAUGAAUACUCUGCCAUUUUCGUGUUGUAACUAGUCAUGUAUCUUGUAUAAGUUCACAUAUGUGGAUGCUUAAAAUUACUCCAUUUCUGUAUCUAUUACUCAUAUAUGGUUCCUUCGUUUUGUGUCGUCAUAGUAUUCCUUUUCUUACUGAUCUACUUUCCCAUGGCACAGGAGGAGCACUUUGUGUCGAUUCUCAACUUUUCAUGGCCUCAGGUUAUGUGUGUGACGCAGUGCCCUAUCAGAGGUAGCAGGGUGGUGUUCAUGAGCUUUUGUGAUAAGUCUAAACAGCUUGGUGGUCACUUUUCUAACGGCGGAAAUUUUUAUGACGUCUCUGUGGUUCCAGAAGUUUGCUGUACGUUUCCCACAGCUCUGUGAUGCAGAGUCGUUCCUAAAUUGUGUGAAGGAAUGCCCAUGCGAAACCAUGGACAUCAUACCAUCUGGAAGUGAUUAUGUGUGUGAAGAUUCAUCAGCAUCUGAAUAUAUUGCUUCUAAUGGACUUCACCACAGGCCUGAUGAUGCUUCAAGCUUUGAGGAGCAAGCUUCUGAUCACAUGAUAGAGGCACCAACAAUGAGCUACCAUGAGGAAUGGGACCUGCCUGUUCUUGAACCUCUCAGUGCUAACAACACUAAUAACAGCUACUCUGGUUUCCCUCCUAGUUUCAGUCAAAUGCUGACAAAUUUUUCAACGGAGAAUGAGCAAGAUGCAGAGGAAUCCUAUCCAGUGGGUACAACAAACCAUGCUUCUCAAGAGGUGUAUGCACUGGAUACUUCUCAUGAUGACAAUGUUUCUGGGGUCGCAGUUGCCCCUGAAGAAACAACUGCUGAUAAAGGAAUGGAUGUUGGUGAGGGAAUUGAUACCAGUAUAUUAACAGGUGACAUAAUGACACGGGUAAAGACAUAUAUGGCUGAUGACUCCUUUAAUGCCCAAGUCCGUGCUAUGGUGCUGCGGCUGGUGCUGUGGGAGGAACCUGGGAAUUGUGAUGUUGGUCAACAUGGCCGGAUGGCCCUCAAACUAGGGAAGAGAACCCAAGUGCUCAACCGCCUGGAAGGCCUCCUGGGGUGCGGGGAAAAUCUGAACUUCACCUUGCCCUUUCUUGGUCGCCGGGGUGGCCACGGCAGAGCGAAGCGUGCCGCAGUGCCCGCUCGCGCCGGUGACUGUACGGCCCGCCGUCGGAGGGCUGUUGCUUCUCCCAUCUGGCCGUGCAUUCUUCUCUGGGCGGGGGAACUGCCGGACGGGGACAGAAAGAUUUCUUCUUGAAAGGGCUCUCAUUAAUGAUAUGAUGGCUUUCGUUGGUGGUGUCUUUUUGGUUGGUAACAGGGGCUGAACCUGUCCUUGCAGCAUCUUUUUUUUAUUAUUUUUGCAGAAUUGCUACGAACAUUCAACACAUUUAUUGAUUUCAACUGGAU